CGAAUCAUCGACCGAGAAAGCAAAGGUGAUCUUGUAUUACCAAGCUCUCUCCUUUACUCCUCCCACCACUGCACUACUUGAUCCUCAGUGCACAAUUUCCGACUGAGAUUAAGCAAGCGUAUACAAGUGGGGCCGUCGAUUCCAGUUGAGCAACCAAGUCCCGUCUCCGUCAAUGGCCAGCAGUUGGAAGAGAACAUUGGGGAAUUUUAGGUCCUUCUUGGGGAAUUCCAUGGGAGGCCUUAGAGGGCCAAGCAACCUCGCUUCCUGGGUCGUUGCCGGAACCCUCGCUUACUUUCUCUGGGUCAAGCCCUCCCAAGACCUCAAACGGCAACAAGAGGAAAGGGCAGCACUUGCAGCUGCAUCACCUGAUCCAUAUCGCUAUGUGGAGAAACGAAAACCAAUUCCUGAUGCCCAGGAAACUGGUUUGAUAUAUGGAAACAAGGAAAGAAAUAAGAAGCCUGAAGAAUAAAAGUUGGAAGAAUAGCAUACUUACAGCAUCAUAUUGUGACGUGUGCGAGAUUUAAAGUUGAAUUCAAGACACCUGGUGAUCGGGAAGGGGAGUAGAUUGUGGAAAUCUAUUUAUGGCCUUGAAUGAAACUUUCCAUUUUACUCCAUCUGAACUGUGCUCCACUCAGAUAAAAAAAAACUCAGAAGAAUAUUAUUUUCCGCUUAAUAAGCUUCCUACAGAAUUAUGAGGUUGAUGAAUGAUGAGUGGACUGAGAAUGAUGAAUCACCUAGUAAAAUGUACCUGGCAUACAUCCUUGAUCUCUCUAUGAGGAUAGUUUUGCAAUUAGGGAAGUAUACCCAAAUCUGUCUACUCUUUAUUUGUUUGUCACUCUUAUUUUAGUUUAUACCCCUCCAUCCCCCUGUUGAGCUUC